AUGGGACCUGCAGUUUGCUCCAUGCUCCUCGUCAGCCUCGUGACAUCAUCACUGUGUGCUGAACUGGGCGGGACCAGCCAAGGUGGCGCUCUGCUGUGCCCUCUGCAGUGUGUGUGUGAGACACGGCCCUGGUACACACCACAGUCUGUGUUUCACCAGGCCAGGACGGUCGACUGUAAUGAACUCCACCUGCAGAGAGUACCAGCCAACGUGUCAUCUGACACACAGGUGCUGCUCCUGCAGAGUAACAACAUCUCGUCCAUCACUUCUGAACUUCAGAGUCUGACCAACCUGACAGAGCUGGACCUGUCACAGAACCAUUUCACACAGGUGAGCUCAAUGGGUCUCUCUACUCUGGGUCGACUGGUGACUUUGUACCUGGAGGAAAAUCACAUUGAAGAGUUGGUGGACUUCAGUCUGAGGAACUUGUCCAGUCUGGAGGAGCUCUACAUCAACCACAACCACAUCACCUCCAUCGGACCAAAAGCCUUCGCCGGCCUCACAAACCUGCUGCGGCUUCAUCUGAACUCCAAUCGGCUGGUGGCCAUUGACAGUCGUUGGUUUGAGUCCCUGCCAUCUCUGGAGAUCCUGAUGAUCGGGGAGAACCCCAUCUUGGGACUGGAGGAGAAGAAUUUCCUUCCUCUGUCCCGGCUCCAUAGCUUGGUCCUGGCUGGGAUGGGACUGGCUUCCGUCCCUUCUGCUGCCUUCCUGGGCCUUGACUACCUGGAGAGUCUGUCUUUCUACGACAACAAGCUCAGGUCGGUUCCCCGGGAUGCUCUGAGCAUGCUCCCUAACUUGAAGUUCCUGGACCUGAACAGGAACCCGAUCAGCCGAAUCCAGCAGGGAGAUUUCCAGAACAUUCAGCACCUGGAAGAGCUCAGUCUGAACAACAUGGAAGAGCUGCUGCUGGUGGAGCGAGGAGCUUUUCAGAAUCUUCCAGAAAUGGCCAAACUGGAGCUGUGCAAAAGCCCACGACUGUCAUACAUCGACCCGCAGGCCUUCAGUGAUCUACCGUCCCUCCGGACUCUCCUCCUCCACAGUAACCAGCUCAGCCUCCUCUCUGGAGACCUCCUCUCCUUCCUCCCGUCCCUGGAGGAGGUGUCUCUUCACUCUAACCCCCUGCGGUGCGACUGUCUCUCCUCCUGGGGGCCUCAUCUUGGCAACCAAUCACAUCUAAAGCUGCUGGAGUCGUCCAUCACCGUGUGCUCGUCCCCACCUCACUUGAUUGGUCGGGAGCUACAGGAGGUGGUGGGGGCCGGUUGGGGCGGGGGCGGGGCUAAUAGCUGCCUGCCACACAUCUCUCCUCACUCUUUCCCACCAAGCAUGAACGUCAGCGCUGGGCAGCCAAUCACGCUGGAGUGCUGGGCGGACGCUGAUCCCGCCCCACAGUUCUACUGGGUCACACCCACUGGAGACAAGGUGAGCUCGGAGGCAGUGGCUGCACCAAUCAUAUCCCAGGAGGGGCGUGGCCUUAGUGUAAAGAAGAUGAAGAAAAAGAAGAAGCAUCGCAUGACAGACCCAGGAGCGUUGGUGAUCGAACACGCCGAGCUAUCAGACGCAGGUGUGUACACCUGUGUGGCGUGGAAUGUGGAAGGAGCAGACACGAAGAGCGUCUCAGUGUUCGUGGACUCUCAGGGGUUUGGGGGCUGGUGGUCCAGCGGGGGGUCGCGGCAGGAUGGAGAUCCCAGCAGAGAGCAGCCGUGGCUGGGGAACUCGUCUGCAGCUUCCCUCGUGGUUCUGGCAAAGGUGGUGCACGCUCAGUCGGUGGUGUUGGAGUGGAGGUUGUAUCCAAGUGGAGGAUCCUCGUCUCAGGGUCAGAACCAGCAGGACGCCCCCCUCCCUCUUCCUCGCUGGACCAGCGCCACGGUGCACAUCGACAACCCUCAGAUCAGCUACACCGCCAAGGUCCCAGUCGACGUUCAGGAGUACAACCUGACCCACCUCCUUCCUGCCACAGAGUACCAUGUCUGCCUCACCGUCUCCUCCUCUCCUCCGUCCCUAGCCUCCCCCUCCUCUUCCCUCGGCUCCUCCCCUCCUCCAAUCUCUUCCUCCUCCUCCUCCUCUCCUGUCCACACCUCCUGUCUAAACAUCACCACUAAGGAGGCGGGCUUCUCUGUGGAGCUGGUGGUCUCGCGGCGCAGCAGUGUGGCGCUGGCGGCCGUCAUGGGCUCGAUGUUCGCUCUGUCCAUCAUGGCCCUGCUGAUGGUGUACAUGGGACGCCGGGUGCAGCAGCACAAGUCCUGCGGCCACUCGCUGAAGAAGUACAUACAGCACGCAACGUCCAUCCCCCUGAACGAGCUGUACCCGCCACUCAUCACGCUGUGGGAGAGCGAGGCCGAGAAGGACAAGGACGACAAGGAGGAGGAGGAGAGGGGGGCGGUCGCGAGGGAGGAGGAGGCAGGGGGGAGUCAGAUCGACACGACGAAGACAUACAUGUGGUAG